CUAAAUCAUUACAGUCAGUUUAUAUCAAUAAACCAUUACACCACCAUUGGCGGAAGACGGUUCGCUGCAAGAGGCUGGCCGCCACCGUGGCACACCGUAUUAUCUUGUGUAACCAGGCUCAUACGGUGGUGUGGUUAUCCGUCAUCGCCGAUUCUUCCAUUUUCAAAGGUACAGAAAGAAACAGGAAGCUCCAAAGCAGACAAGUUCACAACCCCCUCCCUUCCCCCAAUAUUGUCGGAAUUCCAAGUUCGAUUUCGCAUAGAAUCUUCUGUUGAUGAAUUGAAUAUACUUCUAAUCAGAUCCCUUCUUUAAGUCUGUUUAAUGGGUGAGAUGGAAAGGACCAAUAAAAGCUUCGAGUUUUUGACAAGUAAGGACAUUGGAAUAACCUCGGACCAAAAGAAGGAAAGUGGAAUAACCAAGGUUUUUGAUCCAGCAUUUUCUUCAUCUCUUUUCCAGCUUCCUCAUAAGCUUCAAAAUUAUGUUAAGUCACAGUUCAACAAAUUAGCAAAAGAAAAUGAAGGAAUAAUCUCUGUAAAUUCUUUUCUGGGGAAGGAUAAAGGUUCAUCUACUGCAUUUGGGAUUGCUCCGGAGAAGCAAUUGCAGGCUUGGAGGGAGAAUCCUUCAUGGGUUGAUCAACCUCCGGAAUUAAAGGUCACUGUACCAAAAGGUUCUCUCUGCAACCUCAAUGUAAAAGUUGAUAUUGGGUUGCCUCCAGAUGCUAUAUAUGAUAUUAUAACUGAUCCUGAUAACAAGAGAGUUUUCAAGAAUAUUAAGGAAGUCAUAUCCAGAGAAGUUUUAAUUGAUGAAGGUCAGAGGCAAGUGGUUGAAGUGGAGCAAGCAGCUGGAUGGAGAUUUCUUUGGUGGUCAGGAGUCUUCUCAGUUCAUGUUUUAGUUGAUCAGAACAGAGAAGAUCACUCGAUGAAAUUCAAACAAGUGAAAACCGGUUUUAUGAAAAAAUUUGAAGGCUGUUGGAGGUUAGAACCUAUUUUUGUUGAUGAAAACAUCUGCUUUCCGUUCAAACCAAAAUCAUGGGCAGACUAUAGUUCGUGCACAGGAGGUAAAGGAAGAGUUGGAUCAAAGGUGACCUUGGAACAACUGAUCCAACCUGCCCUUGUCCCUCCCCCACCCAUUUCCUGGUAUGUGAGGGGAAUUUCUGCAAAGACCAUAGAGACAAUGAUUACUGAUCUUAUUGCUGAAGCUGCUAGAAUCAGGGAAGGUUUCCCCACUAUAUGCUCAAAGGAAGAUACACGAUCUACAGGAAUAAAUGAAGAACACCAAGUUGAUCAGAUACGCGAUAUUAAAGAAAGAUGGAGCAUUCGUAGGAGAAAUGCAAAGCAACGUCGGAAGCUAUUGACUGCUUAUUGAUUAGUUCAAAAUUCAUCUGUAACCUGCUGCAUUUGUAUUUUGUAUCAUAAUCAUCCAGCAAUAAUAUUAUGGGCACUUUCCAUUCUAGUUGUUGUAAAAUUCUUCUCUUCAAAAAUGUUUGUAUUCUUUAUAAUUCUGAAUAGAUCUCAGAGCUCAGUUUUUCUUUGGUUUAUCUAUGUAAUUUUACGUAACAUUAGUGGAGGAAAUAUCUUGUCCUCUAUGGAUGCCCCCAACCAUUAAGAGUAAGGUCAAUGAAGUCUUGGCACUGUG